AUGAAACUCCUAUCAAUAUUAUUAUUGGUUUUGGCCAUCAAAACCAUCUCAUCACAAUUUGUUGACAAUUUAAAAAUUUACAAAUGUAGUGAAAGUGGUGGUUCUGUCAGCUGGAGCAAUGCAACCACAGUUACCGAUUUCGAAGUUACAUCCAAUAUGGGUUUAGCAAUUCAACAAACUUUUGCAUCAAUUUGCUACGAUGACGAAUAUUUACGUAUCAAAGCCAACUGUAUCGAUAAUAAUAUUAUCUCACCAUACAAUCAAUGUAACCAAGAUUUAUUCGAUGCUGAUGUUUUUGAAAUCUUUUUAGCCUACACCGAUGCAAACUCUGUCGCUGUAAAUUACCUUGAAGUCGAGUUAUCACCAUAUGGUGUAUUAUUUGUCUCAUCCGUUUAUAACCCAAAUGAUGCAUGUGUUGGUAUUCAAGAUAAUCUUGUAGAUUGUGACCAAAGUGGUAUUAUUUACGAAGCUGGUCCAGUUACCUCUGGUUGGAGUGGUGAAUUAUCAAUUCCAUUUUCAUUAAUUCAAAAAGCCUCAGGAAAUCCAAGUGGUUCAAACAAUGUCUAUAAACUCAAUAUGUUCCGUAUUGACGUUCCACAAUAUGGCUACAAAGAGUAUUCAUGUUAUCAUGCCGAUAACACCAACCCACCUUGCUUCCAUGUUCCAUCUUACUUUGGUGCCUUAAGUCUCAACUAA